CAAGAGCACGGGCUGUUGUGAAGGCACCACAGCAUUGCAGCAGGGCUUUGUUCUGUUCCUGUCCGAGCACAACCUGCCAGGACACUUCGAGCUGAGCACGAGCAGAGCCGCGGGGCUGGGCCACGUGCGGAGCUGCUGCUGUGGGGCUGUUACUCAAACGACAAACAUCCACCAGCCCCGGCUCCAGAGAACCGCCUGCGAGUGCCAGGGACCGGUGGUGACGCCGUUACAAACAAAAAAAUGGGGCGAGAAGGGACAACAGAGCGAUGGCCUCUCUGCCUCCCAAGCCCAUCACGCCGGUGACCCCUGGCGCGGAGCGGGGCCCGCCCCAAAACAAACAGCUCGGGCGGUAUAAGUGCGCGGCGGGCGCGCUGCCGGCAGCGCCGCAGCACAAGAUGCCGCGCUGUGACACGGGCCCCGCGCCGCGGGACGGCGCCUGGGCGCAGGUGAGCUCCGCGGCGGCGAGCGGCGCGUACCCGAAGCGGGUGAAGGUGGUGGAGGUGGGACCCCGCGACGGGCUCCAGAACGAGAAGAAUGUUGUGCCCACCCCAGUGAAGAUCAAUUUGAUCAACAUGCUGUCAGAGACAGGGCUGCAGGUCAUAGAGGCCACCAGCUUCGUGUCCCCCAAGUGGGUUCCUCAGAUGGCUGAUCACACUGAAGUCAUGCAGGGGAUUAAUAAAUUACCUGGGAUCAGUUACCCUGUGCUGACUCCAAACCUGAAGGGAUUCCAGGCAGCGGUGGCAGCAGGGGCCAAAGAGGUGUCGAUCUUUGGGGCAGCAUCUGAGCUGUUCACCAAGAAAAACAUCAACUGCUCCAUCGAGGAGAGCCUGGAGAGGUUUGAGGAGGUCAUGAAGGCAGCAAGGGAAGCCAGCAUUCCUGUCAGGGGAUACGUUUCCUGUGUCCUUGGAUGUCCCUAUGAAGGGAAGAUUUCUGCAGCUAAAGUUGCAGAGGUCUCCAAGAAGAUGUACUCCAUGGGGUGCUACGAGAUCUCCCUGGGGGACACCAUCGGCGUGGGCACCCCUGGCAGCAUGAGGGAGAUGCUGGCAGUGGUGAUGAAGGAGGUGCCCGUGGGGGCUCUGGCUGUUCACUGCCACGACACCUAUGGACAGGCUCUGGCCAACAUCCUGGUGGCCCUGCAGAUGGGGGUGAGCGUGGUGGAUGCUUCUGUGGCCGGCCUUGGGGGGUGUCCCUAUGCCCAGGGAGCCUCUGGCAACGUGGCCACAGAGGACUUGGUGUACAUGCUGAAUGGGCUGGGCAUCCACACGGGAGUGGAUCUCCAGAAGCUGAUGGACACAGGCACCUUCAUCUGCAAUGCCCUGAACAGAAAAACCAAUUCCAAGGUGUCUCAGGCCUCCUGCAGACUGUGACACUGAGAGGAAUUCCUGCUUGGGUCGGGAACAAACCAAGGAUCCAGCACUGGCUGGGAUUCCUCUCUGAUCCCCUGAGCUCCUUCCCAGCUCAGCACUUGAGAGGAAGCUCAAAGUCCA